AAUAGCCCCCGCUUGAAUCCUGAGAACCUCUUAACGCCUCUCGUCUGCGCAUUGCCAUAACCGCAUCCCGGCUGCGUUUUGCAGUCUUUUCCUUCUCGUUACGACCUCUCUACGACAUUGAACGACGCGCUCGGACUUCUCUUUCUCAUCCUUGCAUUUCCUUCAAGUAACGUCUCGUCUCGGGUCUCCUAUCACUUCUACCUUGUCCGACGUUCCUGCUGCUGUUAUCUUCGCUUCUGGAGUUCGCUGCUCUCUGCAAUUUCUACGUCUCAUCUUACAUUCCCGCUCGUUCUCCGUUCGUCAUUUCUGAGAAAUGGACAGUUGGAGGGUCGCCGUUCUAGGUGAUGGUGGUGUCGGUAAAACUGCCUUAGCUGUGCAGUUCACGUUAAAUUGUUUUGUCGAGACGUAUGACCCAACAAUAGAAGAUGCCUACCGGAAACAGCUAGUCGUAGAUAGCCAGAUGUGCUUCAUCGAAGUUAUCGACACGGCCGGCCAAGAGGAAUAUGCCACACUUAGGGAUCAAUGGGUGCGCGAGGGUCAAGGCUUUAUUCUCGUGUACUCUAUUGCAUCCCGAUCAACAUUCGACCGGCUCGACGUCUUCCGGCAAUCCAUGUUACGAGUGAAGCGACAGAAACCAAUAUUUAUGCUCGUAGGCAACAAAUGCGACAAGACAUAUGAGCGAGAGGUAUCACGCGAAGAAGGCGCUGCCUUAGCUCGGACGUUUGGAUGUGAAUUCAUGGAGACUUCCGCUCGCACCGCUCACAAUGUCGAGAACCUGUUCACGACCCUUAUCCGUAACCUCCGGGCUACGAGACAACAAGAACAAGGUGCAGCAGGGCCUGGCGGUCGACCACGGAGAGAGCGAGGGAGAAGGGGUUGUAUUAUCAUGUAGGACGUUCGCAGGAUACCUUGGUUGUAUAGAAAACAUCAUCAUUCCCCUUUAUGUCUCACGAUACCACUUCACUCCUAUUCUCUGCAUGCAUUGUUACGGUUUUCUGGAGUGGUUGACGGCUGCUGCGCUAUCUUUUUUCACUGCUAUUGCUGGGUCUGGUGCACAUAUCUGUCUUAUGUGAAUAUACGUUCCAUCUCUGCUUUGCUAUGGUGCACACUGUUGUUGCUUGCGGGCG